GAUCAUUUCGUCAUAUCUGUUUAUUGUUGUACUGUCGUUUGCAAUCAAUCAGUAACUCUUUAAAAAUUGCUGACAUUAUUAUAUAACAUCACUAAUUUAUGUUGAUAUUCAUAGUUUGAUUGUAAUAUUUUUAUUCUAAGUCAUUAUGAACCGAUUAUUUGGAAAAUCUAAACCAAAAGAACCUCCUCCAAAUUUGACAGACUGCAUUGCGAAUGUUGACAGUAGAGCUGAAUCUAUUGAUAAAAAAAUUGCCCGCCUAGAAGCAGAAUUGGUAAAAUAUAAAGAUCAAAUGAAAAAGAUGAGAGAUGGGCCAGCAAAGAAUAUGGUGAAACAGAAAGCAAUGAGAGUUUUAAAGCAAAAGAAGAUGUAUGAAUCACAAAGAGAUAAUCUAACUCAGCAAUCAUUUAAUAUGGAACAAGCAAAUUUUGCUACUCAACAGCUGAAGGAUACUAAAGUCACUAUUGAUGCUAUGAAAAUGGGAGUGAAAGAAAUGAAGCAACAAUAUAAAAAAGUUAACAUUGAUGAUAUUGAGAAUGUACAAGAUGAGUUAGAAGACAUGUUAGAUCAAGCUAAUGAAGUGCAAGAAGCCCUGGGAAGAAGUUAUGGUAUGCCAGAAAUGGAUGAUGAUGAAUUAGAAGCUGAGCUUGAUGCUUUGGGUGAUGAAAUAGCACUUGAUGAAGAUACCUCUUACCUUGAUGAUGCAGUGCGAACUCCAACAGUACCAUCUAAAGAACCAGGAGCUGAUAGUAUUCCAGCAGGAGCACAAGGUGUACUUGUUGAUGAAUUUGGACUUCCGAAAAUUCCAGCUAGUUAAAAUAGUGUUAUUCAUAUUGUACAGUUUUCUUUUAGCACUUGUAAAUCUGAAAAUUCAAGAUUCAUGCAACAUCAUGCACUGUUUGCAUCUGAUGUAUUUAUUAUUAUUGUGCUAAUAAAAGUAAUAUUUAAGUAACUAUUUACUAUAAUUAAAAAUUUAAAAGAUAUUUAAAAAAAUUACAUUGAUUUUGAUAAAAUUGUAAUUGCAUUAUAUUUGAAGGCAUCUGUAGAAUUUUCUGCUAUGAUAUUGUGAUAAUGAUAAUUAGAGAAAAUA